ACUAGAAGCGCUGCUGCCCGGAGCCCGGAGCGCGCAGAUAGAAUCGAACGGAGCGAGAUCGCGGACGGACAUUCGCGGGAGCGUCCUAACGUACGGACAGCGCGACGCGUCGUCGUCGUUGUCCUUGUUAUUGUUGUUGUUGACGUCGUAAUUCCGCGUUAGUCGUGCGUCGUGUCGCGCAGUGUGCGCCGUUCUGUCCCUGUCUCGCGUACGUUCCUAUCACAUGAGAAUAGGAUUACGCGCCGGAUCUCCGCGUAUGACAUUCGCUCUCGUAGAUCUUCGAGGUAACAGGAUCGAGUCUUUCUCGCGGGUGAAUUCGUCCCGCGUCGACUCCCGAUAUUUCGAGCAAUUUCGAGCGCUCCGUAGUACGCCGCGAAGUCGCUCGUUCGCGCAACGACGUGAACAUUGGCACACGUGCGUCCCGCCGCCGCCGGUCGCGCGUCUGCGCACGGCGAGCGAUGACAUGUUUUCGAAUUCCCAACGGCAGCAACGAUCGGUAGUAGCGGUCGACUCGCGUGACGAACGACGGCGACGAGAGCGGAUUCGGAUUGACGGCGUAAACAGGCGUAAAUCCACGUGCUCCGCGGGAGUGGUGCACUCGCGGAGCAGAGGCGCGCGAGGAGGAGAGAGGCGGCGAGGCCGUGGCUCUGGCCGCCUGCGCGCUGCCGCGCUGAUCGAAGGGGGAUAUACGUGCGAGAGAGGAGCGCACUUGGUGAGUGUGUUUACGUGUGUGUGCGAGAGUUACGCGCCGCCGUGCCGGAGUGGGGAAACCGAGGCGAGUGUUUCGACCGGAUCGUGCUGACAGUCGACGGGGAGUAGUAGUGUGUUGUACGCGCGCGGGUGUGCAUAUACGCGGCCGCGCUGCGCUCGCCCGCGAGGCGCGAGUCGUAAACACACGCAACGAACGCGGCGUGACACGGCGGCGGACGACACUCUGGAGCUGGACUACCACGCUUUUGCCACGCGAGUGAGAGAGAUCCUCGGACUGUCGUGAUUCGCGAAGCUCGGCCGCGGAAUUCGCACGGAGCGAGGAGGAUUCCCGUGGAGGACGAAGCGCCCCGCGGGGGCGAGGAUCCCUUGCGACACUCUCUCGUGUUCGGGAACAGCUGGCGGCGGCGGCGGCGGCGGCGGCGAAUCUCUCGGAGUAUCAUCCCGGCGCGCAACGACGUCGACGCGUCAACGACCUCGGGGUCCCGUAAAGGAGCGAGAUCCCGUGUGAAGGAGCUUCCGAGUCUCGAGUGGUGCGCGCACACGACUCUUAUCGGCGCACGGCGAUCGGCAGCGGCGUGGUGUUUCGCGUGUCGGGAAGGACGAAGGUGCCACGCGCUUACGUCCGAAGGACCUUCGCGUGCGCGCGCGUGUGUGUGUUGUGUGUGCGAGACCGUAGUAGACGUGAAAGUGACACUGGCGCACGAGUAAGCGGGAGUAAACACUUCCUGGAAGUAGCGGUUCCCGGCGCGACUCGCGCCCACCGCACGCCGCGAGGAACGGAAGCGGGAGAGAAUAAUAACCCGCGGCGGACAACACAGAUCGCGCGAGCAGGGCGCGAAGGAGGAGCGGGAAGAAGGAGCGCAAGGGCGAGUAUGCCGUGCCUCGGCUGUGAUCGCGGCUAAUUCGCACGUGUCGCGAUGUCGGGUGGCACGACGGGCGGCGGCGGCGGCGGCGGCGGUGGUGGCGGCGGCCGCGGCACCGGCGCCGAGUGCAGGAAGUUCGCGCCGAACAUAUUCAACAAGAGCAAGUGCAGCAGCUGCUUCAAGCAGAAGGAGGAGCACAGCGCGGAGGCUCUGGAAUGCAACAGGGCUACGAGGAAAAUCUCCAAAUGUGGAUAUCUGUUCGUCGCACCUGGCUGGGACUUCUCAAACCCGCUGAACCGGACAAAGAGAUGGCAGAGGAGGUGGUUCGUUCUCUACGACGACGGGGAGCUGACGUAUUCUGUGGACGAACACCCCGAAACGGUGCCACAGGCGAGGAUCGACAUGACCCGCGUCCUGGAGGUGGCCGCGGCCGAAGACGUCACCGGACAUCCGUACAGCCUCGCCGUCACCUCGCCGGAGGGUGUGACUUUUGUCAAGGGAACCUGUCGUGAAGAGACCAGGUGGUGGACGGACGUUCUCCAGGUGUAUUCGCGAAAUAAGGGUCGGCACAAGCGAAACGCAACCUUCCCCGGUGGACAGACGACGAUCCUGCAAGUUACGCCGACGAUUCGAAGUAACACGCCAAAUCCACCGCGACCGCGCUUCAAUAGCUGCCGAUCGGAGCCGCGCAGCAGCGCAUGGAUUCCAGAGACCGGAGGUGGAACAUCGGAUCUGUGCUCUUCCGUUUUCUCGUCGACGCCGUCCUUGGUGACGACCAGUGUCGUCACCGCCACCAGCAACAGCGUGCUGACCAACGGCAACGGCACGGAGAGCGUCUCCGAAAUCAGGAACAGCCUGUCGCCUCUGCGUGCUCUCGAGAACGGCUCCACGGGAAAUUAUCUGACCACAGUGACGUCAACCACGUCGUCGUCGUCGUUGAACGGCAACGUCUGCAGCACAAUCUACUCGACUUCCUCGACGGCCAUCUCAACGGCGACGACGACAACGGCGAGCAGCAUUGUCUCGUCGUUGGCCGAUAAGCCGCCGAUGAUCCCCAACGAUGGCACGAGGGCGACAAGCUAUCGAGAUCAACCUGCUAGCAGCGCGUCACCGCCGACCCGGGACAAGCUACGGGCCGAGGACAAGGCCAGGCGCAGGAUGAGUCAGCAGGGCGAGCGAACCGGCGGCAUCAUCGGCGACACAGCCAGCCCAGCCUCCGGCGAGAAACUAGACGACGACGCGUGCCGGAGGAUAUUUUUGGAGCACGAACGGGAGAGAGAGGGAAAGCUACGAGACAUAGCAGCUUCGUUAACGCAGCCACGAGUGAGGAGAAUUAAGCCGAGAACCUCGGAGCCAACCAGGGACGUCGUGGAUGCAGUCAAUGCGGCUCAUCAGGAUAAACUUAUCAGAGGCGAUCCGGACGGCUGCGGUCUAGAUAUUUCUGGCAUCAGGUAUUCGCCUACGUCUGAAUUAAGAGUCGAUCUGCCAGCGGAGGACUUGCUGAACAUCAAGAAGGGCUGGCUGAUGAAGCAAGGCUUAAAUAAGGAAUGGAAUAAACACUGGUUUGUUCUGAGAGGCUGCGGCUUGAUGUACUACAGGGAUCCCUGUGCGGAGGACAAGGGCAUCAUGGACGGCGUUAUAGACCUCAAUACUGUCACCGCGGUCACGCCACUUCAGGUCGCACGAAAUUACGGAUUCCAGACUGUCGCUUGGGACGACAGAGGUAGCACGGUGCUGUCCGCAGUGACAGCCGGCAUUAGGUCCAGUUGGAUGUCGGCCAUCAGAAGAGCGGCCAACCUACCUGAUCCUGAUAGUAAUGUUGAUUCUCUUGCUGUUUGCCCGGAUACUCAGCAAGAGACGAAUCCGCAAUCUCCUACCACAUCCAUUACGGAUCGUGAAAGAGAUUCCGUCGUUCCAUCAACAUCUAUCACACCCAGAUCAGUGCUGUUCUCAUCUGACGAAGAGUACAGGACUGCUUCUGAGGGUGGACGAAGAGAGUCUGGCGAUUGGUCGGAGAUGCCGGUGUCACCACCGCUGGUAAGGAAUGGCGAUUGGCCUAUGACGCUGAAGGGUUCUGGCUGGUCAGAUUCAGCGAACCACGAGUGGUCGGAACUGCCACCAUCGCCACCGUUGACGAGAACUGCUUUAUCAAGAGUGAAAGCUCGAUCUAGAUCGAGUUCCAGAUCGAGAGUUUACAAAAGAAGUCGGAGCUCGCCACCGAGUUCGCGUAGGAGCACCCUGGAUAGUGUAAGAUCAGAGGAUCUGAUGAUGGCUUGCUGCGAACUCGGUGAGGACGAGGAGCAAAGUAAUGGUCACCUGCAGAGCAAUAGCUGCCUCUCGAGCACCAAUGACAGCCCUCUUAUCGUCGAGCUUUUGGAAAAUCAAGUGUCGCUGCUGCGCGAUCAGCUGGAUCAAAAUCAGUCUCAUCCGAGUGCGUUACUAGUCAUUGUUGAGCGUCAGGAGAAUGAAAUCGAGAGCUUGAAGUCACAGCUGAAUGCGGCGCGAACUGACAUUGCGAGCGCGGAAAAGGAGCUGUCCAGACUCCGACAACAAAAAGCGGAGGCGUCUAUCAGGGAGAAACAGGUGGAAGAAUUAUUGAAUACGAUUCAGAGGACGGAACAGCAGAGGAACAAGGAUUUGGAUGAUUUGGAGAAGAUGAAAAAAGUGUACAACAGGGAGAAGGAGGUCUUGGAAUGUAAAUUACUUGAAACAGAGGCUAUUCUGCGAGAGACGACAGAGAGAUGCGAAAUACUUACGAAAGAACUGACAUCAAAUCAUCGAACUGUUGAGCAUUUACAGACAGAAACAGCAGCUCUCAGCGACAGAUUGUCGCAAGGCAUUGAAGAAAAUGAACGACUUUAUAACAGAGUAAGGGAAUUGGAAAAGGGCGGACUCUCUGCUUCGAGGGAACGUGGGAGAAGUUUCGAUUCGCUUAGCGAUUUAACCAACAUCGAAUUGGAUUUGGAUUUGACAACCUUGGACAAGGAAAGAGUCAUGGAGGAAUAUGACGAGUUACGAAGCCGUUUCGAGAAGGCUAUCAUGGAAAUUCGAGCAAUGAGGAAAGAAUUACGAGAAGCUCACGCAACACAAGAUGUUCUGGAAUUAGAAAUCUUUGCUCAUAAGCAGGAUGCAGCUAACGUCAGUGAGACAAAUCAAGCACAGAUGCAGUUAAUGGCGUCGAGAAUCCAAGAUUUAACUAACAAGUUAGCUGCUAGCGAAAAGCAAAUUAGAACGCUAAAGCAAAAGUUGACGAAAGCUGAGAGCAGAGAUAAGAGAAGAUCACUCUCUUUGAAAGGAAGAGAAUCUUUCCAGAUCUCUCAGGAAGUGGAGGACAAACUAUUGGAUCUAGAAAAUAAGAUCUGCGCUAUAGAAAGGGGUAAGAGCAUUAGCGCUCCUGUUUCGGCUGGUAGCAGCUCGAAGGAAUCAAGUCCUAAUCCGAAAAAAGAGAAAAGAAGAGAAAGCAAGAAUCUGGAUAGAGCUAGACUGCGAAGAAAAUCUUUAGACAGCGCAACAAGCUCUGAACCAAUGAAAGUGUUGAUUAGACUAAGCACUUUGGAAACGAAAGUGGCGAGCGUCGCUGAGACCAUGGUCAGUGACGCUGAGAAGGAUUCUAGCGAAUGUAGCGAAAUUAGCGGAUCCUCUGAGAUAUCGUUGGAGGUCCUGGCAAGGUUGAAGAAAUUGGAAAGAGUAAUAUCAAAGUCGAAACGACGAUUGGAAAAAUGUCUCGGCUCAACGCAAGCGGAGGACAAGGCCGAAAAAUGUUUGCGCGAGGUGAAUGAAAUAUUGGACUCGUGCUUAGAAUGUAAGAAGAAUCAGGCUAGCGCUCAAAUCAUCGAGUCAGUAGGAGUAGUGGUAUCUAGGCUAGAAACUAUACUUAAGGACAAACUGAGCGAACUCACGAAGAGACGGCAGUUGCUGGCGCAGGAAGGUCGGUUAGACGAGAGAGAGAAGAUGAGACUCGUCGCUGAAAGAAUAGCCUUCGAGUCCGUGAUCCUGCGGCAGAUAAAGUGUGCGCUGAAUCGCACGACAGACAGAAGCGCCGUUCUGAGUGAAUUGGUCGAAACUAGUCAGCUUGUCUCAAGCUUAAAACGUAAGAUUCACGGAACGAAGCCCAAAACAUACCAAAAAACAAAUUACAUUCAGUAUCUUACUAAAGUGUUAGCGAAUAAGUUAGUACUGAUAGGACACGCCUCCGUAUCGACGGAAACGCCGAAGGAGAUUAGUGCCGCUCGCAGCGAAAGUCUAAACUUUCUGCUGCAGAAGCAGCGGGAGAUCAACGAGAUUAUGCGGAAGUAUAAGGAUGCGAAGUUGCGACAGCUCGCGGAAUCUCUAGCCGCCGAGACGUUGAGUCUGUCCGAGCAAGAAGACUUCGCGGGUAAGCAGAUCAGCGGCUCGAACAAGAAGCUACUUGAGGAUAGACGUAUUCGUGAGGCAUGGGCUUUGGCGCAAGAAACCGUGAGCAAGGAACUUGUGCAGGCUGAAGUAUCUCACGUUAUCAUGCGUUAUGGACAACUGUACGAGCAAAACGUUACUUCGAUCACGGACAUUUGCCUGAGUUUUGAUAACGCGGAAAAUGUUAAGCUAGAAUCGUGGGUGGACGCGGCGCAGGCGCGAUUGCGCCAAGAGAUGGAGGUUUCCAUACACGAGCUGUCAGAGGCUUACGAGGAUUGUCUACGUACGAUGAAGAAAAACAAGUUGACGACGUUUGACUCCAAGCACGAAUCUCGUCAACUGCUCACAGACUACGCUGAUAUAAUUGCGCACAAAGCUUUAAUAGAUUCCAGAAUCGCCCUCCUUCAGGAAACCACUCGGCAAUCAUCUACACCGUUGUCUGGCGAGACUUUCGUAUCUAGUCUUAUUCGAAACGAAGAGAUCCUUUCCUGUCUGGCAAACGACGAGGGAUACGACCUUCAAAGCAAUCCGAUUCUCGACGCGGAGUAUAGUUACCUUUAUCAGCGAUUGACUAAAGAAUGCGAAGACAGGAUAUCCGGAAGGAGAGAGUCGAAAGAGCAGCUCAAGAACGUCAGUCAGUCAUUGUUUCACUUGGAAGAGAAUCUAGCUGAGCUCAGCAAAUGUAUAAAAGACAAAACAGGUGUGAAAAUUGACAAUAUGAUUUGGUCAAAAUCGACGAGCAGCAUCACGGAUUGGUCUAGCGUGUGUGAGAAAUGCUUGCAUUUACGAGAACAGAUAAGGAAGCUGAGCGAUUACAUGAACAACAUGUCGUGUCAGACAUGCAAUCAAUUGCAAGAAACUAUUCAGAAGAUAACUAACGAACACAAUCAGGAAUUGGAGACGCUCAAGCGCAAUCAGGAGAGAGAUCUAAUGGAUGUCAAGGGUGAAUUGGACAGCCAACGGCAAUCUCUGACGACACAAUACGAGCAUGAGGCGGCCAGCUUACGCGAGAGAGCCAGAAAACUAGAGCACCGUCUCAACGCAAUGGAUUCUGAGCAUUCGGCUCACGUGAACGAGUUGAGAGCCGCUUAUCAGAGAUCGAUAAGCGCCGAAUUAGACACCGAUGCCGAGACACGAAAGCGGUACAAGGAAGAGAUCAAACAGCUACGUGCGUUAUGCGAGAAGGGUUUGCUGGCGAUGGAGAAUUCGCAUAGGCGCAUCAUUGCCGAGAUGGAAGAGAAACAUCGACAGGAAUUAGAGAACCUCAGGGUGGAAAAGGAACAGGCGCUCUCCGAAGAGACGCAGGCGACUCUGGCAGCACUGGACGCCAUGAGGAAAGCGCACGAACACGAAGUACAGAAGGAGAUCGCUAAAUUUAAACAGGAGUUUAUCAAGCAGAUGCAGGCGCGCGAGGAUAUCGGUGUGCUGCACAAAGAACACGAGGAGGAAAUGGAGGAGAUAAAGCAAGAGAUUCUUUCUUUGUCCGCGAAAUAUUCGUCCAAGUGCGUAGAAUCUGCCGCGUUAGAGGAGAAAGUGGGUAAUCUAUCUAAGCAACUCGCUCAAGCGCAACAGCACAUCAUGCAACUGGACGCGAGAAACAAGCAGCUGCGAGCGCAUCUGGUGUUGGAGACGAAUGACAGUGGUAUCAACGAUACUAUUCAGAUUCUGAGAGGUAGGGAUAACGAGCUCGCCGAACCGAGGGAGGAGAUGCAUCGACUGCAACAACAAUUCAAGCAUGGGGACACCCUUCGUGAAUCGUCUGGCGUGCCGUCAAAAGCCGCCCUGUCGCUAGACUACUCGCCCGCCUAUUCGCCACAACGCCUCAGAGGUAGUCAGGGCGAGCAGAAAUUAACGAGCGAACGGAGUCUGAAAGGAGCGAGCUCCUUAUCCAGCGCGUUGCAAAAACAACCUCUGUCGGCGGAUCGACCUCAGAGCGCGUUCUCGUACCGACUCGAGCGCGUAAAGUCCGUCUCGUUGCCGUACUCGAGUAGUCUGGCCAGGCCGGCGAGUAGUACCGGCGUUUCCGGCUCGCACGUUGACGGGAAAGAGCCGCCGGCGAGCUUAGGGCAAAAGGAGCGUAACGGCAACCUGGGCUCGUCAUUAUGGGACAGCUUGAGACCGAGGAGCGGCCUGCCUCAUCAGUAUCAAGGUGGCACAACAGCAGAGAUGCGAGUCGGCAGCGGCACUGGCGCCCAGCGGUGGCAGGAGACCAAGCAGAAUGAAAAGCACCAGCUCUCGCAGGCAUACACCCUCCGUGCCAACGCUCGUCACACAUCCCGCCUCACCCCGGAACCCGCAGCUCUCUCCGUUGCAGAGUUGAUGAGGUCUCCAGCAGUGAGGUGGUCCAGCAGAAGUUGUCGCAGCCUACCUCCGACACCCACACCAAGUUACCAUCAUCCACUUCACCCUCCUCUGCCCGCCGUAGGCAUGGUCGCCGAGAGGAAGAAACGUUUUGAACUUUGAAUUUCUUUUUUUUUUACGUUACUUGAUUAACAAUUAGAUAAUGCGUGUGUGUACACAGAAAUGGUCGAAAUUAUUACAUUUGAUGCAUUUAAAAUUAUUUGGCAGAUAACGCAGUCCGGUUAAUAAAACAUCGGAUACUAUUUAUGAUAUCGAAAUAAAAAAAGAAAUGCCGUUCCGGCAUAUGCUUCUUUCGGAAACUACAAGACUGAAAGUAUUUUGAUACAUAAUGGAAAUAAUUUUAAAUUGCUCUACGAGACACACAGACCGUUCGGAUAAUACCAUAUCUGUGCAAUUCGCACGAGCACGAAUUGCAGUUUCAUUACUGCAUACAAGAAUUGCGUGAGGCUUGGAUGAUCUUUGAUGGACCAAAGUCAAAAUACCGAUCGCGCUCGUCGUGAAUAUUGAACAUGUUUAUAAUGUAAACAUGAUUCAAUGGCCGAAACGAGUCCCGAUUAUUAGAAGAAUACGGAUUUGCGCAAUCCUUCUUCUUCCAUGAUGUGAAAAUUCGUAAUGUCGAGAAUUCACCGCGGCUCUAUCGAUCGCGAUAGGUCGUUUUUUUUUUUGACAGAGAUUUUUCCGAGAAAUUUUUCUAAGCGUAUUUACUCAUGUCACGCCACUUUUGCGGACGGAUGUUCUUUGGAAUAAUAUGCAUUUAGACUUUGAUGAGAGAUUUUUUACCGCUCAGUGCGGGUAGGUCUUUUGCUACGAUUAACUUUUUCGCGAAUGUCGCGAUUUUGGAAUACAUAUAUAUUUCGGGGCAUUAUUUAUAACGCAAAACGCUGCGCAUGAAAUUCUUCACGAUGUAUCUACUUGGUGCUAAAACAAGCGUGUAUUAAGGAAACGCGUAUUACGAAUCAUGUAUACCGUCGUGAUAGCUUAUUAUAAUGUAGCAUAGAACUAUAUUUCGAUGUAAAAAUAUAUAGGACCAAGAAUAAAUAUUUAUUAGGUUUCCACAAUCUUCUCGAAAUUCGCAUCGGCUGAGCAUACUCGAUGAAUGUUACGCUUUAAUUUUUCAUAUUGAACGAAUCCUACUCUACGGUUAUUAUGAAAGAAAAAGAAAUUCUUUUUUAACAUAUUAACGUCGAAAUACGAACGAUCAAGUGUUUAAGAUCAUUAGAUUUUCGUAAUUCUGAAGGAUUUGUAUUUGUUGAGAAUAUUCGUCAAGUUAAACGAAAGAUUCCAUUUUAUGCUGGUUAAAUUUGAUUCUUGCAUACGUCUAUUCUCUCCCGUUAAGUUUGUUAUCUUUAAGACACAAAUAUUUUAUGAAUUAUACACUUCUGGUUAUUACAGAGAAAAUAUUUCUAACAUUAGGAUGAGUAUAAAAGGGAAAAAAAAGAGAGAAAUUUUAGUUUGUUAAUCGAGAACGAAGAGAUCGUUUUACGCUUGUUUCUCGCUCUUGUUAUGUAUAGAUAUUGCACGUAAUACAGCAACACGGCAUUGCACUGUGUAUUAUCGCAUCUUCUCAUUAUGUAAAUGUUUUCAGAUUGCAAUCAUUUGAUGUUAAUACUGUAUAGUUUAUGACGUUUUAUUAAGAAGUAAUAAAAUAUAGACGAUUAAUUUCUCUCUUCCCUCUCCCUCCCCUCCCCUAUCUUCCAUGUACCGUGUGUACGGAUUGUUUAUAUAUUACUAUUGUAUUUUAUAUUAUACAUAUAUUAUUACUAUUGCGAUUCGUUCCAGUGAUUCGCUCGAUAUUAAAACGAUAGAGGAUAUUAAAAACUUUUCGAUUGUCCCUUAUGUAGAAUAAUUACUCAGGAUUGUUUAACAUUUAUAAUAUAUUACGAUUAUGCUAUUUGUAUUUGUAUGAUAAUUUAUAUAUAACACGUUUGAAAUAAAAUACAGUAACCAUGAA